GAUUACCGGCACGGCUUACAUAUAGACGCGAAAUUGUUAAACAAAUUUGGGCGCAUCGUGCCAUGGCCGAUACAAAAUCCGGCCGUUUCGCGAGCAGCAGCGCUGCUAUAUCACCUCUGGUUCAGAGUCCCGAGAACCUAGAGUGCAAGAACUUUCAGGAAUAUUUACGCACCCGCCAAACACCCGAAACAUUGGAGAAGCUCUACAACUAUCCACCAAUUUGCCUUGCGGUCUAUCGAGAAUUGCCCGAAAUAGCAAGACAAUUCGUAAUUCGUAUACUGUUCGUAGAUCAACCCGUGCCACAGGCCGUUGUCACCUCAUGGGGGGCACAACGUGUGGCCAAGGAACAAAUGGAGGCCACCAGCUGCUUGACUGCCUUGUGUGUAUGGCGCGUGACAGCUAUACCAGGUGGAUUGGCUGCAUGGGAGCUGUCACCCACAUUUAAGAAGAGCGUCCGCCAAGUACUGUUGGGCGGAGGAAAACCUUGGGCUAUGACUAAUACGCUGGAUAAGGAUUCCAAACCACGGGACAUUACGUUCCUUGACUCAUAUGCCAUGUCUCGCUGGCGUUGUGUACUGCAUUACAUGGUAGGUACGGGUGGUCGGAAUGGCGGCACCGACGCCGAGGCUAUCAGUCCAGAUGCCGUACGCAUUCUGCUCCAUGCAAAUCUUAUGAAGCGCGACGAGCGAGAUGGCAUAACCAUCACUCGGCAGGGAUUUCAAUUCUUGCUGCUGGACACACGCGCCCAGGUCUGGCAUUUUAUGCUGCAGUAUUUAGAGACAUGCGAGGAGCGUGGUAUUUCCUUGCCUGAAUGUCUAUCUAUGCUCUUCCAAUUGAGCUUCUCAACGUUGGGACGCGACUACAGCUCCGAGGGCAUGAACAGUCAGAUGCUGACGUUUCUCCAACACUUACGAGAGUUCGGGUUGGUCUUUCAACGGAAGCGUAAGGAGGGUCGGUUUUAUCCCACACGACUGGCGUUAAAUGUAACCAACAAGGAUGCAGCACAGGCCUCCACUACGGCAGAUGAGGAGCGCAUGCAAGAGCGAGGCUACAUUGUGGUGGAGACCAACUAUCGCGUGUAUGCCUAUACAGAUUCACAGCUGCAGGUCGCUGUGCUGGGCCUAUUCACCGAACUGCUCUAUCGGUUUCCCAACCUCGUGGUGGGUGUGCUCACCCGAGAUUCUGUGCGGCAAGCGCUGCGUGGCGGCAUCACAGCCGAACAAAUUGUUAGCUAUUUAGAACAGUAUGCACAUCCCAACAUGAAGCUGGUCGAGUCGGCCAUUCAAUCAAAAUCCUGCCUACCACCCACAGUAGUGGAUCAAAUCAAACUCUGGGAAUUGGAACGAAAUCGUUUCACCUACACCGAAGGCGUUGUCUACAAUCAGUUCCUCUCACAAAAUGACUUCGUAACGCUGCGCGACUACGCCCAAUCCAUCAAUAUGCUGGUCUGGCAAAACGAGCGCACUCGCACCAUGGUCGUGCAGAAGAAUGGUCAUGACGAUGUUAAGCGAUAUUGGAAGAAGUACUCAAAAAGCGGCGGCUAGCGCCAAAGUGUAAUUUAAGCUAACUCGUCUAAUGUUAUAAAUAAGCUAAGUACGUGUCUGAAAGCAGUUGCCCUUUCUAACAAGCACAAAUUCAAUUUCUUAUUCAGGGCAGCUGGACACACGUUCAAUAAUAAAAUGGAAUACCUCUAUAUAUAUAUAUAU